AUCUACAUAAAUACUAAAGGUAACUUAUCACCUUUGUUUGUUUAUGAAUAAGUAAACAUCUGCAUUAAGACAUUAAUAUUGUUGUCGAGUGGACGGGGUGAGUGUUCAUUGUUAAAGUGUCCCUUUAAUGAUGGACAUCAUGGAGAACGCCGAAUUUCAGACACAGUUAACAUCCAUUAUGGAGACGUUGGCGAAAACGGCUGUUGUGGAAAUAAGCAAACUUUUCGCGAACAAUUCGUCUUAUCUGCGAUUAGAGAUUUCAAGAUUUACAAGCGAAAACGAAUCUUUAAAAAAGAAGUGUCGGUUUCUGGAGAGCGAACUUCAGUCUGCUCGGAAAACCGCUGGAAAGAUGAACGGGACAGAAGCUCCACUCAGCCGCACUGGACUUACAGAAACUGCACAUCGUCCUGAAAUUGACAAUGUGUUCGGUAAGGAAUGGUGCAUGAACCUCUGGAGACACGAGGAGUCCAAAUCUGGAGAGCAGGGGGAUGCACAUCUGGACUCUUCAGUCGUUAUAGGAGAGCCAGUAGAUUUGUUGGAAGAAGAACAAAAUAUGAUCAUGAUCAAGGAGGAGAGUUUCGACGAUUGCUCUUCAGAGACAAUCGAGGAAGACCAUGAUAGUCCGAAUGUGAAAGUUGUAAUCCAAGAGGAAAUCAGAAAAAUACUGCCAGAGCUGGACUCUAAAACAGUUCAAAAUGUGGUCAAUCAUCUCUGGUUUGUGGUGGGUGUGGAGAAGACAGAAGACCUUUCAUUAGUAGAAGUUUCAGAUCUGAAGGACUUAAUGGAGCCAAUCCAGUGUCGAAAACUUGUGAAAACAUUCAGACAAAGAGAAUCCAUUGGACAAGUGGACGGAACCGCUGAGAAGACUCUUAAUCCAUUCUCAUCAAUUGAGUCCCUUCCUGACCAGUCCUUCAUUCCUCACUAUCCUAUUAAGUCCAGCUGGGUCCAAAAUUUCCACAUUCCUUGGGAACGGAUGUCACCAGCUCUCAUUCAGGCAACAACCACUGGAGAGAGGGCUCGACCUGGCCCAAGAAGGGAGUUUGUUAGGAUUGUUGUUGCAGCCAUGCAAGCCCACUGUCCCAACCCGAACUUAUCCACCUGUGGGGAAGUGGCACGAACCAUUGUGUCUACAUAUCCCCUGACAUUUGGAGACAUUUCUGAAGAAGGAGAACAAAUAGGAAAUGGUUUCAGUUGCCUUCAAAGACAACUAAAAACUAGGGUAGAACAUGUAAAUAGGGAUGUUUUGGAACACCGGAUUCGUCGACCUAGAAAGCCAUCAGAGAAAAGAGCCGGGCAAGACGACAACUACUUGGUGAAGAAAGUCAGAUGCAAAGUGGACAGUUAUGGAUGCAUUAAUUGGCAGCCCUCGUCUGUCCCAGAUGGAGAGACGGCAGAAUCUCUUGAAAUGAAGAGGAAGGUUGCGGCAGAGAUUUUUCAGUCUGCAGGUCCAAGGGCGGUGGAGUUGACCAAUGUUGAAGACUUAAUGCAUCAGACUUAUGUUUACCAGCGUCACAUGAUCAACUCAUGUCCACCUCCUACUAUCAGCGAGAUAGAGGGGCACUGGCCAUUCCUGUUCACCGAAAGGGGCCUCUGUAGGCAUUUCAAAGUCCUGACUGGGAUUGACAUCAGAAGUCGCUUUAGCGAAACACUUACAGUUAAAUCCAGAAGAAUAUUGAAUUACUUCAAUAGUCAGAAACUGAAGUGGAACACAGAGAUCCAGAGUCUGCUGAAUGAGAUUGAAGAGAAUCCCAGUACAACAGAUAAUAACAGGAACACCAUAUCAGCCAUCCUGUUAAUGAUGAAGUACUUUAAGGAAAAGGACAACUCUGUGUUCAUCUUAGUAGAUGAAACUUCUACCAAGACAUCAAUUGAAAAUGAAAUUAGCUUACCAGCUACUCCCCGACUCAUCAUGCUUGGUGAUACAUUGCUAACUUCUUCCAAGUGGUUUAUCAGUAUUGAGGGCAAAGUGACACAUUCUAUAGAUGACCAGCUGGACUUCACAGCGGCAUUGUCUGUUUUCUUUGGGUGCUUUUACGUUUUUAAUAUUGAGUACGAGGAAUCAGCCAGUGCCACUCUUGAGUUUCUCCAGAGGUUCUUUGUGAGGAUCAAUCCUGAAGGAUCUAAAUGUACUUCAAAAUCAGGUACAAGCCGAAGGACGGGUACGGCUGUCCAAAGGAAAACCCAAAACUUUAAUACACGCGUGGCAACAUUUAUGCAGAGGCUUUCAGAAUUUGAGUGGAAAACAUCAAGCUAAGAUUGUCUCUAUCCAUGCCCUGCACUGACUAUGAAGUUACUACUUGCGCGCUUUUUUUUUUUUUUACCUUGAUACCUUAACAUUAUUUUUUACCUUAUUAUUUGUAGUGUCCUUAUUGGAAUGUUGCUGAAAUGUUUGUAUUAUAAGAAAUUUACUGGCACCAUUUAAGUCAUUCAUGCAACAACAAUAAAAAAGGUGUAUCGA